CAGUUUUGAACACUGCGCUUUUAUAUAAGAUUUACAGUCAUUUUGGAGUUCAAAAAUGGCCCCAUGAGUGAACAGACGCACCUUUGUUUGAGCCAUGUGUGUUGGUCACACAUAAGUAGUGUGUGUUUGCACUGGACUCUGUGUAUGUUUGGUGGUCAGAUGCAGCGGAUGGGGUUUGGGAAGGGUGGCGUUCCAUCAUCUCCAUUCUGCAGCUGUGAGUCUGUGUUUAUAUACAAAUAUUUAAACCCACUCACAUCCUUUCCCACCAAACACCAUCCACUCCGCAGAGCCAAGCCCUCAUGGCAUCUCAUAAUCCUGCAGUGUCAUUUCGUUAUUAUAAUCAACUGAGAUCGAGGCACAUAAUCUCACACUUUUUGCAUUCUGAGUGGUUUUAUCAAACCACUAUUUUUCUGUUAAAAACGUGUAAUUAAAGUCUCGAUUUAUAUGGCUGUUUUUAUAGUCGACAAAUGGCAUGUCCAUGGCAGCCUUCAACAAAUUUCAACAAACAUGAUUUUAGGUAAAAAUGUACAUAUUUAUAAUAUCUAUAUUUAUACACAUUUUUUUUAUAUGAUUUACAUUUGUAUAUAUGAUUAAAGUCCCACUGUAAUAAUUUUAUCCCUUAAACUUAUCUUUGAUCACCAAAAUGACUCAUUUAAACAUUUUUUUUUCCUGUGAAAUUUUUUUUUUUCAUGCUUUAAAAUGGCUUGAAUGUAACUCUACGCCCUUUCCUCGUUUAGUAUGAAUAUGCUAAUUAGCCCCGCCUCCACUCACUCGCACGAGCUCGGAGAACUCCUGAGGUAAACGCUGCACAAUGGUGUCACUUUUUAAAACGUCGGCACAUAACGGUAAUUAAUAUGAUUAGCCUUUUGCUUGCCUACAUUAUCAAACAGCUAAUAAUGUGUUGCUAAUGUUACACGUAUCCUGCUUCAGAGCGGUACUAGUUAAUGAUAUGCUAAAGCCUGUCGGCACGUUGACGUGAUUGGUUACAAGGUAGUUUGACGUAAGAAACACUGUCAGCGAUUUCAAACCACGUUUUUGAAACUGUCUUCAGAUCACUGCAGGUUUAAAGUCCCCUGUAGUCAAUAAUUUUAUCCCUUAAAAUUCUCUUUGAGCACCAAAAUCACACAUUUAAACAUUUUUUCCUGUGAAAAAAAAUUCUUCAUGCCUUAAAAUAGCUUGAAUGUAACUCUACACCCUCAUUUAUUAUAAGCAGAUAUAUGGAUAUGCUAAUUAGCCCCGCCUCCACUCACUCGCACGAGCUCAAGAGAUCCACUCGGUGAACUUACUGAGGUAAACGCUGCACAAUGGUAUUGCUUUUUAUAACGCCAGCCAGACACAUAACAGUAAUUAAUAUGAUUAGCCUUUUGCUUGACUACAUUAUCAAACAGCUAAUAAUGUGUUGCUAAUCUUACACAAACCAUGUUCCCGUUCGCGAGUCAGACAGCUGUCUUCUAACAAUCAGUAUCCUUAGAAACGCUUUGAACACCUUAAGGUCAGUGGAGAAAGGCAUAUAGUUCAUCAUAACAUAGUUAUAUACAUCAUACACCCGCUAUAUUGCCAAAUCUACACGAUUUUUUUUAUAUCAACAGAAAAAUAUACCGCGAUAUAUUGUCUAGAGACUCUCCUGCUUCAGAGCGGUCAUAGUUCAUGAUAUUCUAAAGCCCGCCGGCAUGCUGACAUGAUUGGUUACAAGGUAGUUUGUGACGUAAGAAACACCAGCGAUUUCAAACCGCGGGUUUGAGACUGUAUUUUUUUCACUGUAGUUUUAAAUAGAAAAUAGCAGCAAUGGUGUUGACAUGAAUUUGCACAUGGUUUUUCUUAAAGCAUAUUAAAAACACCACAUAGACAUAUAUACAACAUUAAAACUUGAUUUUCACCACAGGGGGACUUAAUAUAUUCAUUUUGUGUGUAUAUAUGUUUGUGCGUAUACAUAUACACACUUUUAAAUAUAAAUGUAUAUACACAUUUUUAUACAUGAUUCAUUUCUAUUUAGCCUAUAUAAAUAUAUUAUAAAUAUAAAGUGGUCAAGGUUUUAGGUUGCAGAAGUUCACUUAAAUAACCCUGUUAUGUAAUAAUUUUUUAACAAAGUAAAAUAUAGUUCUUCAGUUAAUAUAAAAAUUAUGUAAUAUUUACAUAAGAAAAUGGUUUUAGAAGUACAGACACUUCUGUCACUGGUUCAUAUUUCAACUACCUGUCUUUAAGUGCUCAUUUUACAUCCACACCAAGUUUUUCAAAACUAUUGAAGAUUAUAUCCUCAGUGAAACAGCAGUGAUCUGUCACUUCUUGGCUACUGUUGAAACCACAGAAUAUAAAUAUAGUUUUCUUAUUACCCUAGCCAUAAGAACGCAGUUCUAGUCUGUGCAAAGGCUGGAUCACAUCUUCAUCCCAAACCACAUGAUAAUUGCCAGCAAUUUGUGAGGUAUGUGUGGAAGAUGGGACGGUUUGAUAGGGUAGAUGGAGACUGAGGUGAGAAGGGCUCAAGGAAGAGAGGGCGGAGGAUUCAGACAUUGGAAACACUCCCUCUGCGUAAGCAUGUAUCUUGGAGGGAAGGAGGUCACCCGUGUUCAGAUUAUGCCUUAAACGCAAGCAGCACGCAGGCUGAGAAUACCACAGUCCACUGGGAUCUCACAACUUCAAAAUCCAGAAAAACGUUUGGGGACAGUAACACUAUUCUGGUCAACAAAUCAUUUUCUUACUCAAAAUUGUGAAAUAUUUUUCUUCAUUUUUCAGGAGACUAGGAUAUUUUUGCACACUGGAUUAAACAUUUAAAACCAGCAUUGAUUGAUCACUGCAAGAGAGUUUUCUAACUUUUUGUUUUUCAAUUAAACCUAAAGGAUUUCAUCAGCUCGGAGUAGCGUCUCGCAUCUUCUCAAAAGGAGCAGAAGCAGGUGUUGAUUUUGAUCCAGGAACCUUUGAAGAAAGAACCUUUGAAGCCUGGCUCUCUGUUUUUAUUUACUCUACCUAAAGACUUUAAUUUCACAUUGUGCUUAGUCCUUCCAACUUCGAGAUCACCUUUGAAAGGAGCUGGGCUUCUAGAAAGACGUGUUUGUUUUCUCUUCCAGUUUCUAGGACAUUGUUUGUCGUCCAGCUCCGUAAGCGCACUAUAGAUUAUGAGAGAAGCCCUGUGGUUUGGUAAAUAAAGUGACAGCAUGAGGAACGACUGUCAAGAGGCGAUAAACUGAGCAGCUCGUAGCAGUAAACAUUGCACUCUUCCAAAUAACGAUGACUGCUGUGGAAUCUGAGUGGCUUAGGCAUUUGAGUGUCGUUCAGAGUUGAACUUCAAGACAGUAGUCAGACCAUUCCAGAGAAGACCGACGUCGGGUAAACACCCAGAGGUUUUGGAGGGACAAAUACGAGGACGAUCUUUAUAGACGGCUGCAAUGGAGCAGAGCUCUUCUGCCACACCAAUGGACAAACAAGAGCGUGUGGUUGAGUUUGUGUCCUCAUGCCACAGCAGAGGGAGGAAGGAGAGCUGUGGCAAGCGAACCCGAGGCCGGCAGCGACUGUUCCCUCUUGCCAUCUUUCUCCCUCUGUGCAUGUUGCUGUGUGUUUGGGGUCAGGUAGAAGGAGUGGUUCAUUCCAGCUUCCGUAGGCUCAGCGGCCGUGAAAAGAAGGAGAUGCAGAAGGAGAUUUUAUCCAUUCUGGGUCUACCCGGGCGGCCGAGACCUCACCCGCCGCUGCGGCCCCCUUCCUCUGCCCCGCUCUUCAUGCUGGACCUUUACCAUGCUGUGUCAUCUGAGGCCGAUGAUGGACCAGGCUUGGGCUUCACUCCGGAAGUGGUCAGUCAAGCCGCGCUGCCCACCUUAAGCACGCACACGCCACCCCUUGGCACGGUGGUCAGUGAGGCUGACACGGUUAUGAGCUUUGUCAACCUGGUGGAGCAGGAAAAGGAUCUGCUCCAGCCUCGGCCGUACUGGAAGGAGUUCCGCUUCGAUCUCACUCCGCUUCCUCAGGGAGAGACGGUCACCGCGGCUGAGUUUCGCAUCUAUAAAACUCUUACCGUGGGUUGGCGUGCAAACCGCACCCUCCAUAUAUCUGUCUAUGAAAUCCAGAGGGAGAAAAGACACAGGGAGCCUGAGCUGGUGUUGCUGGACAUGCAGUCUGUGCCUGCGGGUCAGGAGGGCUGGUUGGCAUUUGAUGUGACUUCUGCGAGCAAUCGCUGGCUUCUACACCCUCGAAGCAAUCUGGGCAUCCGCCUUUACGUGGAAACUGAGGAGGACCGGUCGCUGUCAGCCGCAUGGGUGGGUCUGGUGGGUCGGCGCGGACCGCGCUCUAAGCAGCCUUUCAUGGUGACGUUCUUCAGAGCUAGUCAAGCCCCUUGCCGCCCACCUCGUGCUCUGAGACACAACAAUCCACGCAAGAAAAAAACCAAGUAUGACCUGCCACACCCAAACAGACCCGGCAUAUUUGACCAAAAUCAUGCCAGCAGUGGACGCCAGGCCUGUAAGAAACAUGAACUCUAUGUCAGCUUCAGCGACCUUGGCUGGAAGGACUGGGUUUUGGCCCCUCCAGGUUACUCUGCGUAUUAUUGUGAUGGGGAAUGUGAUUAUCCUCUGGGCGCUUGUAUGAAUGCCACAAACCAUGCCACGAUCCAGCUGCUGGUUCACCUUCUAAGACCAGAUGAAGUGCCCAAAGCCUGCUGCGCCCCAACCAAACUCAGUCCCAUCUCUGUGCUCUUCUAUGACGACAACAACAACGUUAUUCUCAAAAAACAUCGAAAUAUGGUGGUCAAGAACUGUGGCUGCUUAUAACCUCCUGUACACAGUAUUUCUAUUGUACAUUCAAGUUUUAAAUCUGAAACAAAUGUAGAUUUAUUAUAAUACUCUGAGGCACCAUUUGUAAUAUACAGUUAUUAAAAUUUUAACCAAAUUUGAGUGCUCUUACCUGUCCCAAAUGAUUGACAAAUGAUAGUUAUUGAAGUGUCAUGAUGGUUUCUGAGCAUAUUUGUCACAGUUUUAUUGUGAGUGGAUUUAAGGUUGGAAUCCAUCCCAUAAUAAAAAAACACAUAUUUUGCAUAAGUUGUCUUACAUUUAAACUGUCCAAAUUUGCAUGUGUAGAAUGCAGUGAACAGUCAGGGACUUCAUGUUACAUUUCACAAAGCUCCGGUUAAAAUAACUUUGGUGUAAAUAAACCACCCACGCGCUAGUGAAGAGACACAAAUUCAGUUUGAGUAGCUUAAGGCUGCACACAUGGAUAAAAUCAUUUUGUUAAUAAGCAUUAAAGGUCACAUCAAGAAACAAGUUGUGUUUUUGUGAAGAGUCAUCUGAAUGGUGUACACUCACAUGAGAUGAAGACUGUACACAAAAUAGCUCUCUAUAGUGUAUUAUUUAUGUAUGGCGCACGUCACACCCUCAGUGUAUUUCGCCAUGUUAAAAUGACGUCGGACAGAAUCCUCGCGCUCAUUGGCUGUUGUUUCUGGAGAUACGCUAGUAGUGUAGUGCAGUUUGGUAGUGUGAAAAUAAGAUAAGGGAACACUUAUUAUAGUGCUUUACCAGCAGAGACAACAGGAGAUUCAGGACAGCCGAAGAAGCAGAAAAGGUUUGAAAGCUUGACAGAAAGAUAAGACAAAAACAAAACAAAAAAAAAGAGCAAAAACAUUGGUAUAGCAUCCACAAAGUGUAAAGAUUUGAUGAUGGAGAAAAUCCUGAGUAGUACUGCCCAAGUUUCCUCUUUUUUAGACCGGUAAGAGAAUUAAUUAUUGUGUACACCGCUCUAUACAACUCACUAGUAUCGGUGUCAUUUACAUAAAACUGAGACGAUCAUGCUGAUCCACGUCGAUAGGUGGCAGUACAGCGUCUAACACCAUUGUGGUAUCGAAAAACAGAGAUCCUAAUGCAAGCUGUUAGCUACUGAGAUUUACAAGAUGAAAUUUGGCAGAUUGAUCAAUAUUUAGAGACAAUACCUUGGCGUUAAAGGGUUAGUUCACCCAAAAAAUUUAAUUUCUGUCAUUAAUUACUCACCCUCAUGUCGUUCCAAACCCUCAAGACCUUUGUUCAUCUUUGGAACACAAAUUAAGAUAUUUUUGAUGAAAUCUGAGAGCUGUCUGACCUCCGAUAGAAUGCAAAGUUAUACCACAUUCAAGGCCCAGAAAGGUAUUAAAGACAUCGUUAAAAUAAUCCAUGUGACUACAGUGGUUCAACCUUAAUGUUAUGAAGUGACAAGAAUACUUUUUGUGUGCAAAAAAACGCCAACUCAUUAUUGGCCAGCAUCACACGUAUGUGUCUUGCUGCUCACGUGAACAGCGUCGGCCAAUACUGAGUCGGCGUUCUGAUAUAAACAUGGAAGCGGUGCACUGUUUACACUAUGUGAACAGCAUAGGAGACUGACAGGGAAGAGAAGAAAUUGUUGAAUAAAGCCGUUAUUUUUGUUUUUGUGUGAACCACUGUAGUCAUUUGGACUAUUUUAACAAUGUCUUUACUACUUUUCUGGGCGUUCAAAGUGAUAAUGUUGCAGUCUAUCGAAUUCAUCAAUCGAAUUCACACCGAUUUCAUCAAAAAUAUCUUAAUUUGUGUUCUGAAGAUUAAUUAAUGACAGAAUUUUCAUUUUUGGUGAACUCUUUAAAUAAAUUCAAUGCUAAAGAGCCAUUUUUGCAUUAAUGGGUAUAAUAUAUACUAUUACAGCUUGUUUAACAAUUGUCAUUUUAACAUUAAGUUCUGCAUUUUUGAGACCAAAACAAACAAACAAACAAACAAACAAAAAAAACAAUCCUUAAUCUGGAUGGUCUUACUAGUACCCAUGACACAAACAAGUACUAUAUGCAUAUACAUUUAUUGAAAACUUUAGAAAACAAAGUAACAAAAGCGUGUUGGUGGGUCCCGACUCAUUAUUUUGACUAUUUGAACAGGUGCAAAUUUACCGCAUUUGUGAUCAUUUUAAGCAUGUAAAUAAAUGCAUCUCAAUCCCAAUCCUGGUCAAUACUAUUAAUAAUACAGAGUGGUGCACCUCUCCAUUUUGGUUCACAGUUAAAAGAUCAGGGCACACACAUUUUUUUGGAUUGAAGCACCUAAUAAUAUUUUAAAAUCAUACUUUACAGGGACAAAGCGCCAUUGGGAAAGUGGUGAAUAAAUAUUACAGCACAUGGCAAUGAGACUGUUAGGUCACAGCACACUCGGAAAAGAUGGAAGCAAUAUGCACAUAUAAAAAUAUAUAAAAAGAAAAAGUGUGCUGGUGUGCUUGAGUCCA